UAUUCUCAUUUUAGGCGAGAUCGCGAUGACCGUGACUCUCGUGACAGAGAAGGAUCGAUUGAUUAUAGAAGGCAUGAAUUUCAUUUUAGACGAGAGCGCGAGGAAAGUGAUGAACGUGAAAGGCAAGGUGCAAAUAUCUUUAGAAGACAAGAUGAACGUGAGAUAUACGGAACACCAAUAAAUCGAAGUAAUAAACGACGUGAAUUUGAUGAAUUGGGUCGAGCUCCAGGAGAAAGAAUUUUAUACAAUGAUCGCAGAAAUAAUAGUGACAUUAGACGUGAAGGCAUAGGUCGCCAAUUAGUUCCUAAUCUUCGUGACCACGAAUACGAUGACCGAAAUCCAAACCGCAGGGGUCGAUAUCAUCCACAUGAUAAUUCUGGUCAGCGGGAUUAUUUUUCACAUCACCGCAUGUAUCGUUACAGAGACAACUUCGAUGAUUGGGAUCUUCGUACGAUACCAAGAAGUCGUGAAAGAAAAAGGCCAGAACAUGAUAGGCCAAGAUCGGAUCGAGAUAGAGAGCGAAAUGAUCGUGACAGGAAUGCAUCAAUAUCUCGCGAACGUCAAUUAAGCCGUACAAAUCAAUAUAUUAUCCACAACAUGAGCGGGUUUGAGUAUCCAGAAUUAGAAACACGACAAAAAUUUUCAUUUGGGUUUAGCAAAGACUUUGAGAGAGAUGAACUUCAAGGUAUAGGACCUACAUACGAUAAUUGGCGUAAUAGAAAUAGAUCAACAUCCCCUUCACCUAGAUCUUCUGUAACAAGUUCUUCAUCUUUUACACGUCAUCGAACAAGAUCACCAGUACCUAAAUUAGAUAUUACAAAGUCAGAAGAACCGACAAAUUUAUCACCAACAAAUAUUCAUAGUCGAUCAAAGCCUCCAUCAAUUAAAUCAGCAGCGUCACCACAUCGGUUCGAUAUAGAGCAAUCGUCUGUAUUUGUGCGACUUCAAAAUCGCGAUGAGAAAUCAUCAAUCGAUGAUAAUUCAUCAUCCUGCAGAGAAAAAAUGCAGUAUACACCUGAAUAUAAGGACGAGGAGACCAAUUUCAGCAUAGAAAGUAUCCAGGAAAUAGAAAACUCUAGUCAAUCAAAUAUUGGCAAUGAAAAAGGUGGUUGGACUGGUUGGCAUAGUCUAGAAAGGAGAGAAGUUGAGCAAAGCCAAAGAAUAGAAGAAUCUAAAGUAAUAAGUCGGUCACAAGUAAGAGAAAUUAAUUCUAAAGAACAAGAACAGUUACAAUCUUACUCUCAAAACAAUGACGCAAGUCUUGAAGAAUCGGAUGCACAUAUUGAGAAGUUUCGAAAUAACAUAACAGAUAGUGAUGGAGAACCUACAAUAAACCAUAUUGAGUCAAAUAACGUCGUGUUUAGUUCGACUACAGCUAUAUGCGAUAUAGUACAAAACUCAACGAAUGAAAAUACAAAUGUCGAUAUUAAUACUCGAAUUAUUGAGGCUCCCGGUCUGGACGGUGUGCCAAUAUCUCAACACAUUAAAACCGAGGAGCUCAGUAAUUCAGGGGAGGAGAGACCAAAAUUCCAAAGCUUAUUCGAAGAAUUAGAAUAUGUAGAAGGACAAAUUGAUAUUUGGGAAGGACUUCGAGAUAAAAAAUUAGAACAAAUCGAAAAGAAAAGAAAGUUUCAAGCAGAUCAGAAAGCUAUAAAAAGAUUAAAACGUGAUACAGAAAAAAUAUCAAAGUCAAUUAAAAAAGACAAUAGUAAUAAUUCACAAAAGGUAUCACCAAAAAGUGUGCCAUCCAUAGCACAUCGAAAGAAAAAAGUUGAAGAUACAUCAACAUCAACUUACCGACAAAAAUCAAAAACAAUAAUCAAAGCUCAAACUUCAGAAAACUCAAAUAUAAACACGAAAAAUAAGAACAUUUGUAAGAACUCUCUGUUAGAUCGGUGGUUUAAUAAUCAAGAAUAUAACGAUGAUUCACUUGAUGAAUCGAAAGAUAAUUUAUUUUCAAAAUUUCAACGAAAAUUUCAGCAAGGAACAAGAAAAGAACGUGAAUUACGAGAAGAUUAUGAAUCUCGAAUUCGAAGUAAAGCGCUUGAUGAUGACGGUAGUGAUAGUUCUAUUAGAGGGGACGAAUUAAUUAAAAGUGUAAAAGGUAAAAAUGGAGAAAGACGUAACACAAAAUCUAAAGGGAAACAACGCGCGGAUUCUAUACCAGAAAAUUCUACUACAGCUGGUUUUGCCAUAAGAUAUCCAGUUCGCACAACAAGAAGUAGAAGAUGUAGUGAUUAUGUAACUACCGAUCAAGAAUUUGCAGAAAUAUUACAAAAACUUGGUGCAGAGGACCAAAAACAGGGACAAGAACAACAACGGGGAGAAUCAUCACGUGCCCGUAUCCCUCCACUACAAAUUGAUGUUAGUGGACAAAAAGCAAGCAAUUUUGUGGACAAUUCAGGUCGUGUAUUCGAUCCGGUAGAAUUUUACGGACACAAUACCCCGUUAGGUUCAAAUUGGACGGAAGACGAGCAAAACCAAUUUGAAGAGUUGUUUAAGAUGACGCCAAAAGAUUUUAAUAAAAUAGCAGAUAAAAUGUCACAUAAAACAGCCGGCGAUUGCGCCAUAUUUUAUAAGCAUCUAAAAACUGCUAGAACUAAAUCUGGAGAUGUAGACGAAAAAAAGAGAGAAAUUUAUAAUCGUCUUCAUGAUAUGAAAGUAAAGCCUAAGAAGAGAGGACAAAAACGUGCGGUGAGAGGACGUCGUUCAACUUUUUCGAGUAAUCAAGUUCCGUCACCAACACGUGCCAUAGAUACAAUCGAACAAUCUAUUGUUGGAGGCAUGGAAUCGGCCGAGAAGCUGGAUGUUUCAUUGCAAAUCUCGCAAUUACAAAGACCUAAGUUAGAAGGUUCACCAUCGGAAAUUUCAAAAGAAACAUCAAUUAAUCAUAUUCUUGACCAAGAAGUUGGACAAGCAGCACUAGCACUAACGUUAAUGUCAAGACAAUUUCCUAUAGAAAGUACAGAAAAAUCGUCCGAACAAGCGUUACCAAAGGCUAAAACCUCGACAUUUAAUAAAACAGAAGGACAUGCAGCUCAAAGUUAUAAUGACUUUCGUUCAAGACACAUUCAAACAGAUGGAUGUCAGUCCACACUUUCAAUAGGAUCAUUAUUAAACCCAUCAGAUGAAAUUGAUCCGUCCUCGUUUAUGAGCUGGUUCGAUAGCCUGGAAGAUGAAGAACAAAGUCUCGGAAAUAAAUAA